AUGAUUCCAGCCGUAGGCAAGGUGUUUGUCAGCGAAUAUGCAGUUAACGAACCAAAGGAUGCUGGUCAAGGAAGCCUCCUUGCUUCACUGGCAGAGGCUGCACUCCUCACUGGGCUAGAAACGAAUAGUGACAUCGUUCAAAUGGCAUGUUAUGCGCCACUCUUCACAAAUGACAAUGAUCGCCAAUGGAACCCAGAUGCGAUAGUCUUCAACUCGUGGCAACAGUACGGAACUCCUAGUUACUGGAUGCAGACAUUCUUCCGUGAAUCAAGUGGUGCUACGAUUCAUCCAGUUCAGAUCACAUCCAGCUACUCCGAUUCAUUGGCCACAUCUGCUAUAACCUGGAACAACACUGAGAAUAGCUUUCUGAGGGUGAAGAUUGUAAACUUUGGACCUCAUGCUGUGAACCUGACAAUACGUGCAACUGGACUUCAAGCUGGUACAGCAGUCAAUACAAUGGCAUCAAGGCUCACUGUUCUCACGUCGAGCAACGUGAUGGAUGAAAAUUCAUUCAGCAACCCAAAUAAUGUCGUUCCGAUCAUCAGAGAGCUGCCCAAUGCCUCCGAAGAGACGCAUGCCUUGCCGAAUCCUUAUUCGCUCACCUCAUUCGACCUAGCUCUGGAGCAAAGGCAGGCGUAGUGUGAUGUGCGUUCUGGUGUGUGUGUGUGUGUGUGCCUAUCAGACCUCGUGUUAAACUGAGUUUGUGGGACUGCAGACGAGCAACUGCAAAUGGUGGUAGGAUGAUUCUUGUUAACCUGCUCUCGCUUGAUCAGAUCGAACCCCAGUUAAAGUUAAAUAAAUCUGCAGUUAGAAGUCACAACUAUGGCAUGUGAUCAACCGGAGUUGUGUUUGAGGCUGAAGGCACUCGAUGCACCUUGUUCACAAAAGCAGAGUUAUAUAACCUGCACGCCAAGUGGUCAA